UUACAUGCAUGGAGCUACAGCUCCAAGUACUAGUUCGUUCGCUUUCUAACCUUUCGUACAACAGCCGCAGUCGCAGCAGUUUCAGCAUCCUUUUUAUAUCUUCAGUCGUUCUCCUGCUCAGCAACCAAAGCAAGUACAGCAACAGCAACAGCAACAACAGCAACAACAACAACAACAACAACAACAACAACAACAACAACAACAACAACAACAACAACAACAACAACAACAGCAACAGCAACAGCAACAACAGCAACAGCCAGGCAUUGUUUUUCAGCCUCCAAAUUUACUUAACAAUACUCAGAUCAAGACAACCGUACCUUUUAAUGGUACGCUAACCUCGCUCGAAUAAUUUCAGGUCCGAAUA